ACUUGAAAACAGACAAAUCAUGCUCACAGGAGGCCUGCUAACCCAGAGUUUACUUUGGGUUAAGCAUGUUGCAACCAUGAUGUAUGGCUCAAUAAUGCUGCUUAAGGCAGAUCCGUCUUUUGACUCAGUUCUGCUACCAUUUCUAUUGUGAGCCUUCUUUCUUGUGUGCCAUAUCAAGCCAUAUUCAGCAGUUAAGAAGAAAAAGGGGGAAAAUGAGCUGCUGUCUCCAGAUCUGGAGGUAGUAGGCAGUGUUACAAAAAAAUUCUUCACCAGGUUGGAGUAGCACAGCUACCCCACUGGUCAUAUUUUCCUUCUGCUCCUUUGCUGUGCACAAAUAGGAAGUCUAUUAGACUUCAGCAAACGUUCUUUGUUUUCUAAGCAAAUUGCUUGCGUCAGUAUUAAUAGAAUUUGAGGGGGAUGUUGCCGUGAUACAGGCAUAGUGCUCUGAUUUGUACUGUGUGGAUAGACUUCUUGAAAGAACCCAGGUGCAGCUUGGGGAAGUGUGUGUGUGUGUUUUUUAAAGGCAUAGGCAAAAUUCUCCCCUCUGAGUCACCCUCAAAUGUAGGUCCAUGGUGAGAGGUGCCCUUUGUUGUUAGGGCACCGAGUGCUGCCAAAAUACAAGUAUGGGCACUUUUUAUUCUAAGUAACUGCUGGCUUUUUGAAUUUGCAGCAACAUGUUGACUGUGCUGGUAUCUGAGUGCAGGCCAAUCUUGCUGAAGAGACGUAAAGGCGGACGUGUAGAAAUGGGAACCAAGGGCGGGCCUUCCUAGCAAGAUAGCAGGGCAUGGCAGAAGGCGAGGAGGGUAGCGACGCCCAAGUCCCACCCGUCCGCCUCUGGGUACGACGGAUGGGCGUCUAUUGCGAUGAGAACCAGGCAACAUGGCUGGUGGCACCGGAAGAGGAAGGUGGGACGCUGAAAGCCCGGAUCAGAAGAAUCCCUGUCCCCCUGGGUGAAGCAGUGCGCCCCAGCCGCCUUCCUGCUUCUCAACUGCCCCAUAUGUGGCAGCUUUCAGAGGGGCAGCAGUACCGGGACAGUAACUCCCGCAUCUGGGGCAUUGAACACCACUUAAUGAUCAUGGGAGUGGAAGAGCUGCUGUUGAAACUCCUGACAAGCAAUUAGAUCUGGAGCUGCAACUCUAGGAUGGUGUCCUGUUUGUUUUUUAUGUGUUAACUCCUAGCACUAAAAAUGCCGCUGCCCCUGAGGCAGAGCAUGGCGAGCAGCUCUC